CCCACGUGUGUAACAUGCUCUCAUGGUCGCAGUGAUGCAGAAGAACAUGGGAGAGAUCGAGAACAGCACCGCGCGACCCAAAGUCACCGAUUCAAAAGGCAUUCUCAAACAGAACCGAGAAUUUCUCGAUUAUUUCUGGGAUAUCGCGAAACCGGAGCGAGAGAUCCGACUCAAAGCGGUCGAGAACUUGAUUGAGCACUUAAAAAACAGUGAGAAGUCGGAUGAGUUGCAGUAUUCACUGAAGAGACUGGUAGAUGGUCUUUCUCACACAAGAGAUGAUGGCUCAGGAUACAGUGUCGCACUGGCACAGUUGCUAAGUAUGUUUGCGGAGAUCUCACUGAAAUCCACACUAGACAGCAUCAAAGAAAAACACAACCUCCAGGCAGUCAAGAAGAAAGUGAUCAGAAAUGCAGUGUUUGGGAAUUUCUUUGGGGUGCUCGCCCUGUCCCAAUCCACACGUCUCCACAAGGAGCCGCAGGUUCUGCUGGAGUGUGUGCAGCUCCUGCAGAGCCUGGCCCAGUAUAGAGAACACCUGAAAGACCUGCCUAGAAAAACGAUGGUCGACAUCCUGUCAGAGACAUCACAGGAGGUGUUUGAAGAGGUGCUGUUGAGCGCCCUAAAGUCUGACCUGACCUCUGCCCUCAACACACCUGAGCAGCUUGAGCUCCUUCUGGUGGCCAUACAGAAGUUUCCUUCAGUUCUCAAACCAAAGAAACUGAAGAAACUAUUGGGAACCACAACAGUCAUUACCAAAGAGAACAUGUCCAAGUUGGUGGAGGUUUUAAAGAUGGCUGCUCGCUCGGUGAAGAAGGAUAACAUGCUGCCCGCUGUUGCUCUGGACUUGCUGCAGGCGUCUCUGCGUGAGGAGAACUUUGAGAUGUUCUGGAAUGAAGCCAUCAUCACCGGCAUGAUGUCAGAGAUGCCUGGACCCACACAUUAUUUGAGUUUUCGUCUGCUGGGAGCUGCUUUGCCGCUGUUAUCAGUCCCUCAGCUUCAGUUUGUGCUGUCUGGUGAUGUCAUGAGAUGUUAUGGUGAACAUAUUCUGUCUGCACAGAUGCCAGAUCGCUUCAAGUUUGCUCCUGAAAUGGACCGAUAUGUGAGUGAGUUCAUGCAGAGCUGCAGUGACUCUGACAAACAGCUCGCUGUUGUGCUGGGCUUCAGUCAGCUCACUAACCAGGGUUACCCUGUAGUGCCAUCCUACUGGAAGGUUCUCGAGCACAUGAUGCCGUCUGCAGUGCAGCAGUACGUUGUCUGGCUAAAAAAGGCAUUCUGUAAGCCACAGCUGGAUAAAUGUUUGGAAUUCAGCACACGCAAACAGAAAGGAAACCAGGAGUCCGUAUUAGACAAUGACAGCUGUGUGGCCAGGUUUCGUAAAUGGAUCAUUCCACGUCUCACAUGCAUUGUGGAAAACCAUCAGAUAAAGAAAGAGGAAGAUCUCGUCAUCAGUGUUGCUAGGUUUAUUUUCUUUCAUGGCUUUUUUGAUGUGAAGAAACCCACUCCAGAGAUCCCAGAGACAAAGCUGGCGCUCUCAGUGCCUAUAGACCAACAGACGCGAUCCAACGUCUCUUCGGCCUUCUAUAGUCUUCUGCAGAGUUUGAACUCGAUGCCUGUCUUCGGCGAUUCAACAGACUCCGUGGGGCUGAACACCAGGAGGAUUAUGGGUGUUAAAGCAGAUGGAGACAUGUGGAUCUACAGUCUGGUGCAGUACGCUGCCAUGCUGCUCAAUCAGAACAAAUAUGUCCAGAGCGUUCACACCUUCAGUCCAGAGCAGAGACGAGCCUGGAACAGCAUGCUGGAAUCAGUGGAGGCUUUGAGAAAAAAAGCAAAGAAAUCAUCCACCUCUGAACAUGCAGCAUUCCAGCAUCUCUUUCUCCUUGUUGGCAUCCAAAUGUUCAAGGCUCCAGAGGAAAGUUUGGAGCUGUUUAAUGAUUUACGGACCUGCAUGGAGAAAGCUCAAGCUAAAAAAUCUAAAAAGAAGUCUGCAGCAAAUGGGAAGAGUUCAGAUGAGGAGCCACACUGGGUGGAGGUGGUUGUUGAGAUUUUGUUGUCACUCCUGUCUCAGCCCAGUCGACUCGUGCGUAAUGUGUGUAAAGCCGUAUUUGGACGAAUCUGCCCUCACGUCACUCAAGGAGCGCUCAAUUCCAUCCUGAGCGUUCUGGACCCAAACAAGGAUGAAGAUGAAAGUGGUGUUGUAGUUACUGAUGAGAAGGAGGGAGAGAAGAAGAAGAAACUGAAAAAGGAGGAUGAAGACGAAGAGGAUCAGGAAGGAAUUGAAGGUGACCAUGAAGAGGAUGAAGAAGCUUCUGAUUCUUCAGAUGAUGAUGGUGAUGAUGAGGAAGAGGAGGAUGAAACCAUGGAGGAAGGAGAAGAGGUUGAUCAGAACUUCCGUUUGGAGUUGAUGAAGGUUCUUCAAGGACAGAAUGCUCUGGCCACAGAGGAGGAUGGCAGUGAUGAAGAGGAGCUGGAUGAUGCCGCCAUGAUGAAGCUGGACGGAAGCCUGGCCGCUCUCUUUCAAGAGCAGCAGAAAAAGAUCCAAGCCAAAAAGGACGAGAAGGACCGACUGCGCAAGGAAAAGGUUCUUGUGCGGGACUUCAAGAUUAAAGUACUGGACAUGGUGGAGAUGUUCUUGAGUAAACAGGGGAGCAGUGCUCUGGUUCUGGGGAUGGUGGAGCCUUUGCUCGGUGUGAUCGAGAGCGGAAUGAGCUCAGAAACCAGCCAACAGGAACAAGACUACCUGAGCAAGGCCGCGGACAUCUUCAGGAACCAGCUUUGUCGUGGGAAGUAUUACUGCAGAGAUGUUGAAGGGCGGGAGGCGGAGCUCCAUGAAAUGCUUGAGCGUCUAAUUAAUCGAGCGCAGAAACUCAUAGACUCGUCUGUAUCACUUUAUUACUUCAGUGCUGCACUCUAUGUGGUGAAAGUGUUGAGAGGGGUAGUGAGUGAACAGGACUCAAACACGCAGUCAACACUGUCUGAGGUAAAACUUAUGGGGAAUGUGGAUGUUGAGAGGGUCACAUCUUGUUUCAAAGACGCUCUGACGUCUUUCAUGACACGGAGGAAAAGCCCUCUCACCGGAGCCAUGUUCAUCGAUCUCUUCAACAGGUUCCCUGUGUUGUGUGUGAAGCUGUUGGACACUGCUGUGGAAAACAUCACAGGUGGACUGCGGGAACAUCAGCAGGGUCAGGCGUGCACCAUGGUGUUCAGGGCCCUACAGUCUAAAGAAGUGAAAAACCUCAUGUCUGAUGCUCAAUGGACUGAGCUGUAUCAGAAGAUUGUGGAGCAACUCUCUAAGAGUUUUGAAAAUGUGCAGUGUAAGAACAAAACGGUUCACGAGAAGAUGGUCCGAUCACUGGAACUCUGUCAGUACUUGGUCAAAACUGUUAGAAAUCAGAAGAUGGAAGUGAAUCUUGAUUGUCUUAAGAAUGUUCUUAAGUCCAUGAAUGCAGAAGGAAACUUGCAGAAAGCAGGACAGCUGGAGGACACAUACUGGAGUGUCGUGAGAUUAUUUGGCAUUAUGAAACCCAAGGUAGAAAAGGUGAAGAAAAUUGUUGAGACCGAGCAGAAAGCAGAGACCACAAAGAAAAAGAAGGGGUUUCUCCCUGAGACAAAGAAACGCAAAAACCGUAAGAAGCCAGCUGUUCUGGAGGGUAAAGAGAUGCUGACCUCCAGAGAAACUCCCGAAGGAGCGUCAGGAGAGCAGGGCAAGAAGAAAAGGAAAAAGAAGAACAAGAAAAGGAAACGGCAAGGAGGAGAAGAGACACAAGCUCAGCCGCCUGUAAAGAAAGCCAAAACAAAACAGCCACAAAACAAGUAGAGAAAAAGAAGAGGACAGCAGAAGCGUGAUGGAAAAUAAAUGGACAAUAUGAUAAACAGGACUGUUAUUAUUUCAUAUAUCUGUAUUUGGCUUUUGGAGUGUUUGUAAUGACUCGCUUGAUAUGAUGUUUGUAAAAGUAAUAGAUGAAUAACUUAAAAGGCUUUUUGUAGUUUUUGCAUGUUCCAAUUACAGUUAGUUUGAUGUUGUCGAUAUUGAUGGAUUUAAAGGAAUAUUCCUUUAUGUUCAAUUUGAGCUCAAUGCAGAACAUUUUUGGCAUAACAUUGAUUUAAAAAUAAAUAAAUAAAUGGACUCAAACUGCCUCAAAAGAAGAAAAGCAGUGAGACACUUACAAUGAAAAUGAAUAGGAUCAAUUUUGGAGGGUUUAAUGCCAGAAAUGUGGAGCUCAUAAUCUGAUGAAUUCUUCUGUUAAAACUGGGUUUUUAUUUGAGCUGCAAUGUUGUUUAAAUGGUCAUUUUCACUGUUGUUUUUACAUCGCCAUGGCAACCAAGUUGUAAAGUUUGCUAUAACUUUACACAGUAAAGAUUAAGUAAUUUUAUCUCACUGACAUCGUGUGAUAAUGCAUAUUGUUUACAUCUUGUGGCUAUACUUUUGAAAAAGUGAGUCUUUCAGCAUUUACAGAUGAGCCCCAUUCACUUCCAUUAUUAGUUCCUCACUGCAACCCAGAUUUAUUGAAACAUUUAAAUUUUUGAGGUAAUCAACAUUAUGCCAAAAACACUGUCGAUUUAUGCCGUUGGCAUUAACUCAGCCAAAAUGAUAAAAAGAAAAUGAAAGAUGAUGCUAAUGGCGUAAAUUGAUAUUUCAAGCACAGUUCCUUAAAUACAUCUGUAAUACAUGGUGUACACAAAAUAGUUACACUCAGGACCUUCAGGACAGGACAUUUACCAUUUAAACCCAUUAAUACUGCAACAUUUGAUCCCAGUGCCAUUAAAGCAUAAAAUCAUGAAUUUUAUGAUGAUAUGCUUCCGUUCCAGAGCUCUGGCUUCACAAUUUACAUUUUUUAUAUUUUCCACCAGAUAGCACCAUUUUUCUCAUGUUUAAUCUAUGGCGCAAAUACAUGCUUUUCCUCUGUUUUAUGUAUUAUAGAGCACUGCAGGACAAUUGAAUAAAUGA